AUCCACAUUUUUUCUCCACUAGAGUCUAGGCCCCAAGGGCCAACAAAAAAAUCAAAAGAAUGCACCACAACAUUAACUUGGCUGGAGUUUUCCUGCAACUUGUUGCCUCCAUUAUCCUGCCGGUGCUUUCCCCCGCCACCGCCCAGACUCCGAGCGCAACCACUGCCGCCGUCACGAAGCCCGGUUGCCCGCAAAAAUGCGGAAACCUAACCGUCCCCUACCCAUUCGGGGUCGGUCUGGGAUCGGGUUGCGCUCUAAACCCGAGCUUCGAGAUCAAGUGCAACAAAUCUUCCUCCACCAAUAAUCCCCCGACGCCUUUGAUAUGGAACCUCAAGGUUUACGACAUCUCCGACUCCGAAGUUCGGGUCUCCACCUCCGUCUCCGGCAUAUGUUACACCCCGACCGGUGCCGUACUCGGGCAGUUCCUGUCCCGGACCGACCUCGGCAAAUCGAGCCCGUACACUUUCUCCGAUAGAAACAAGUUCACUGUCAUCGGCCAUUGCGUUGAUAUGGACAAUGGUACGGGAGGUUACCGUUGCAAGUGUGACCAUGGUUAUCAAGGGAACCCCUAUAUUCCUCAUGGCUGCCAAGAUGUGAAUGAGUGUGAAAAUCCAAAUGAGAAUCCAUGUGUAAAGAUAUGCACAAACACUCCUGGAAGCUAUACGUGCUCUUCUCCAGAUGGGUACACUGGUGAUGGUAGAAAGAAUGGACAUGGCUGUGUUGAAACUCAUUCAAAUUUCCCAUGGAUCAAGUUUUCUAUUGGUUUGGGGAUAGGCCUUUUGUCACUAGUUGUCGCAGUAGCAUGGUUAUACUUAUUCGUUAAAAAAAGGAAACUCGUCAAACUUCGAGAAAAAUUCUUCCAACAAAAUGGUGGUUUGAUCUUGAAGCAAAGAAUGGCUGCAUCAGAUGGUGGCGGCGUAGAAGCGGCAAAAAUCUUCACUGCUGAGGAGCUGAAGAAAGCCACCAACAACUACUCGAAUGACCGAGAACUUGGCCGGGGAGGAAAUUGUGUCGUUUACAAAGGAAUCCUACAUGACAACCGUAUAGUGGCCAUUAAGAAAUCAAAGACAAUGGACGAAAGAAAAAUUGAAGAGUUCAUCAAUGAGGUUGUCAUCCUCACUCAAAUCAACCAUCGUAAUGUGGUCAAACUGAUGGGUUGUUGUCUGGAGGCCGAAGUUCCUUUGUUAGUCUACGAGUAUAUCUCCCAUGGGACUCUUUAUGAUCACAUCCACAAACAUGAUGGCUCCUCUUCCUCUAGUUGGUUGUCUUGGCAAAACCGUUUAAGAAUAGCUACUGAAACAGCCGGUGCACUCGCCUACCUCCAUUCAUCCGCGGCCAUUCCCGUAUUCCAUCGAGACGUAAAACGCACUUUGGUCCAAGGGACAAUUGGGUACUUGGACCCUGAGUACUACAGGACGGGCGAGUUAACUGAAAAGAGUGACGUGUACAGUUUUGGAGUGGUACUUUGUGAGCUUCUGACCGGGAUGAAGCCGGUAUCUAAAGAAAGAAACGAGGAGGAUGCGGGUUUGGCGGCCCAUGUGGUGCUUUCCAUGAAUAAGAAUCAAUUGUUCAAAAUUUUGGAUCGUCAAGUUUUGAGGGAAGGGGCGAUGGAACAAGUUGUGAGUGUUGCGGAGCUUGCAAAGAAAUGCCUACACAAGAAUGGCGAAGAUAGACCUACGAUGAAGGAAGUGGUUAUGGGGCUUGAGAGGUUGAAGAAGUUGAACAAAGAGCCAUGGAGUCAUGGAUCCCAUGUGCCACAUGAUGUGACGAUGGUUGGUCAAAUGAACGCUCUGGAUGAGGCGUCAGACCUCUACACGCUUCAAUUGAACUCCACCACUUUUACUAGUGAGUACUCUGUUCAAUACACUUCUCCCAAUGAUUCCAACACCACAUUUCUCCAUGAAGCCUAGCUAGCUAUUGGUUGAUGAAGAAAAUUUUAAAAUCUUU